AAUAAGAAAAUCAGAGUGUGAGUAGAUUGGAAGAAGUUACGUUUUGAGUUGGGGUGGACAAAAAGACUUACACAUGAAUUAUAAGCAAAGAAUUCUGUCGGUGGCCUCCAAGGUGUGGAAAGUGCUGAAACGAACGAAAGUGGAAGAUGCUGGAUUGUUCCCGGAAGCCGAAUCUGUUCUGUGUCCACUUCAUUGAAUAAAAGUAGUGCGAUUUCUUGCUGCUAAAAGGCAUCCUCAUUUUGUUUACCCACCUCCAAACAAGAAGAUAUGGCUAUUUCCUCUUUGGAACAGUUCUUGUCCUAGUUACUAGGAGAAAAUUUUAAUGAUUUUGUUUUGAGAGUAAUUUAGACUUAUGCACAUUUGGGACAGAGUGAUAUCCCUUUUAAAGAACUAUUUCUAUGUUGGAAUAGUGAAUUUUGGAGAAAGUUGUUCACUAGGAAUUCUGAAAUUUCCUUAAGUUCUUGAACUUGGAAAUAGUCCUAAUUUAUAGAUUUAGGAAUAUGACUUUUCAUAUUUACUACUCAAGUUAACCAUCAGAAUAAAUCAGGGAUUACAAAUAACUAGUCAUAUGUGAAACCUUUAAAAUUUUAUUGUGGUAUAAAAACUACAAAUUUUUCUUCGAAGCAAAAUUUGUGGCUUCCCAAGGUCAGUGAAAUUGAUACACUGUACUCAUUUCUAAAGCUAAGCUUUUUUCAGGGGAUUUUUUUUCUUUUCUUUUUAAAGGACAUUAAUUGCAAUUACAAUAAUUUUCUAUGAAAGUUUGAGCUUAAUUCAUGUAAGUUUGCUUUUUUUAUUAUAUUGUUUUAAUGAUACUACUGUUUUAUCAUGUCAGAAGAAAACUUAUUUGAAGAAGAUAUCUGGGAAUAUAAAUCCAUAAGAAAAUCAAAAUUGGAAAAUUCAGAUGCUUCUAACUCUGUUCUAAAGGCAAGAGAUAGUAAGUACAAAUCAAAAAGAUGUAAAAUACAAAGAAACAAAAGAACUGUGGAAGUUAAGGGAAAAUCUAAGAAUGAUGAAUUGUGUUUAGGAGAAAGAAGUUCUCAGACACUUGUGUCUGAUCCUAAUCUAAGUGGUGGAGAUAAUAUUCAGCAGUCCCAGGGAAAGGUAACUACAAAAGCAAAAUUUGGAAAGACAAAUAAAAAACUAACCCCAACAAAGCAGCAACCGGUUUACAGUGGAUACUGCCCAAGCUGCCAAAUGCCUUUUUCUUUAUUGCUGGGUCAAACACCUCGGUGGCAUGUUUCCGAAUGUUUGGAUGCUCCACAGUCUUCUGAAAGAGAGUGUCCUGAUGGUCUUCUUUGUACUUCUACAAAUCCUUCUCAUUACACACGCUAUGCUCAUUUCCUACUAGCUCAAAGUAGAGCGGGGAAUGUUCAUUUUAGCUCUCCAACAUAUAUGCCAAACAGCAAGCUCAUUGGUUCCAAUGAUACUAAAUCAGGCUUUCUCUGUAGCCUUGAGGAAAGAUGGACUCAAUGUCAGAAACAAACAGAGAAUGCAAAAAAUGAUUCAACUGAUCCCUUGUUGAUAACAUUGAGUCCAAGAAAAUUUCAAUCUCCAACUGAAACCAAUAAAAAAAUUUCUCUUUCCACAAACGGCUCAAAAUCCCAACAGACUUUGCAGUUCACAGAGUUUGUUGAUAAUGACAGACUUGAGAGCUCUGGUUUGCCUCUUGCUGAUGGAGAAUUAGACAGACAGAAUAGCUCAGAACAUUUGAACCUUCCACUGCCAGAAGCUGAUCUCAGUGACUGUGAAAUCUCUUUUUCUCCACUCCAAAGUGAUGAAGAAACUUAUGACAUAGAGGAGAAACUAGAAGAUUCACAAAAGGAACUGUUUAUUGCUGAAAACUCUGAAAAUUACGGCAUUGAAGAUGAGGAUGACAGCUGUAUCUUGUUUAGAAGACUUUGUAGAACCUUACAGGAGAAGUAUGAACCUAACUGCCAGAAAAUGAACAGUUACAUAAACCGAAAUGAAUAUGAUGAAGAAUUGAAUAUAGCCCACAGUUUAAGUGAUUUGUCUAAACCUAUUUCCCAAAAUAAUGAGAGGAUCAAGUUUUGUGAGCCAGCAUGUGCUACUAAUCAUUUCAAAUGCUUUCCAACUUCUUUAGCUGAGGAGCUGAAUUCUACUAAUUAUCAAGUCAAUAAAGAGGGCCCUGAUGAGUCAAAAUUGUUCUCAUCCCAAUCAAGUAGAGGGAAUAUGCCUAUUGAAGAAUCAGCUGCUUGCAAUCGGGCUUCUCAACAAUUACUUCACUGUAAAAUGUCAAAGUCCUUGGAAAGCAAGGAAGAAAAGACUUUUUCUCUGUGUUCAACUCAAAGUGAAAUUGUAGAAAAAUCAAAUAGAUCCUUCUAUGGUAAAAGUAAUAGUCGUAUAAUAAAUUUCUGCCAGGAAGAAUUGGAUAGCAAGCCAAGUACUAAGGCUUCAAUUUUAGAGAUGGAAACUUUUCCUAAUAAAACUACUGCACAUAUAUCUACAGAGAUAUUGCUGCCAUGUGCUCCUAGCUCUAAUACAAGACCAUCAUCUACUAAGGUAUUAAAACAAAUGGAUAUAGGUGUGUUUUUUGGGUUACCUCCCAAAGCAAAGGAAGAGAAAACACCAGAGAAAAGUGCUUCAAAAAGAACAAAAAAUGAAAGUCCUAAUGAAAAGCUCUCAGGACAGAGCAAGAGGAAAAGGGAAGGAUCUCUGGGUAAUUUAGAACUUGACAUUCAGGACCUAAAUAGAACUAAAACCUCUGUGGAAUCACCCCAUGAAGAGUCACAAAGGAGAAAAAGAUUUAGAAAGUCAUCUACAGUAGAAAAGACACAAAUGAAAAAAACUGAUGAGCUCAUGAAUAACAGAGAACUAGUUACAAAUAAAGUAGCUAGAGGUGGUUCACAGAGGUGGAGAACAAAGUUGCAAGAUUCAUUUUCUACUACUGAAGGAGGAUUGAGGAAAAAGAAAUGUCCCUUCUAUAAGAAAAUACCAGGAACUGGCUUUACAGUUGAUGCCUUUCAAUAUGGAGCAAUAGAGGGUUGUACAGCUUAUUUCCUGACACAUUUUCAUUCGGACCAUUAUGCUGGGUUGUCAAAAAAGUUUACAUUUCCAGUUUAUUGUAGUAAGAUAACAAGCAAUUUAGUAAAGAGCAAGCUCUGUGUGCAAGAGCAAUACCUCCAUCCCCUACCAAUGGAUACUGUGUGUAUAGUGAAUGAUAUCAAAGUUGUUUUGCUUGAUGCUAAUCAUUGUCCAGGUGCUGUCAUGAUCCUUUUUUAUCUUCCAAAUGGUACUGUUAUACUGCACACUGGAGACUUCAGAGCAGAUCCUUCCAUGGAACGCUACUCUCUUCUCGCUAACCAGAAGGUCCACACACUUUACUUAGACACAACAUAUUGCAGCCCAGAAUAUACUUUUCCUUCUCAGCAAGAAGUUAUCCAGUUUGCUAUCAACAUUGCCUUUGAGUCUGUAACCUUAGCCCCACGUACUCUUGUUGUCUGUGGAACUUAUGCUAUUGGAAAAGAGAAAGUAUUCCUAGCAAUUGCUGAUGUUUUAGGUUCCAAAGUGAGCAUGUCCCAGGAAAAGUACAAAACGCUAAAGUGCUUAGAGCUUCAAGAAGUUAAUUCUCUCAUUACUACAGACUGGAAUAGUGCAUUAGUACACCUUCUUCCUAUGAUGCAAAUUAAUUUUAAGGAUUUGCAGAACCAUUUGAACAAGUGUGGUGGGAAAUAUGAUUGCAUUCUGGCUUUCCGACCUACAGGAUGGACACAUUCUGAGAAAUUUGACUCUAUAACAGAUAUUGUUCCCCAAACCAAGGGAAAUAUUUCGAUAUAUGGAAUUCCUUACAGUGAACAUAGUAGCUACGUGGAAAUGAAGCGCUUUGUCCAGUGGCUAAAGCCACAGAAAAUCAUAUCUACAGUAAAUGUUGGUUCCUGGGAAUCUAGGAAAACAAUGCAGAAAUAUUUUAAUGAAUGGAAGCAUGAAGCUGGCUAUUGAUUAAAAAACUGAAAAAUGACAUUACGUUUACCAACCUCAGAUGUGGAUUUUUCCCCCUUAGCCUAUAUAUCCCCUCUGCUUGUCCCUCCUCCACCUUCUUACCAUGAAUACACAUGCACUUUAAAAACCACAUGAGUGUCGUUUUUCUACAUCCAUAAUUUACAUUUGCAAUAAGAUAUCCAGUAUAUUGACUGCCUACCACUCUGAGCCUUCAGUGAGAAAGUGAAAAAUUUUUCCCCUCUGUGUAAAGCUUCCUUUAAAUCUUUUGCCUGUAGCCUAGGAGAAGACAGCAAGAGCAGACUAUUGGCCAUUUUCAAGAAGUUUCUUUUCUCUUUUUGUAACUCUUAGGACCUUAUCUGGCCAUUGCAGAUGAAUAUUUAGUUAUCCUCAUUUCCAAAUUACUUCCUGGGAAGAAGAGAAACCACAGCAUGUACAACAAAAAGGAACCACAGCAAUGUAUACAACAACAAAGAAGUAUUACAUAUUCGUUAUUAUAUAUGUAGUAACACAUUUAAUGAUAAAAUUCAUUCCAUUUUUUGCAAGCUGGAAUUUUUAUACUCUAUAUAUUUUAAAAAUAAAAAGUAAAAUGAGCUCACA